AUGCAUUCUGGAUUCGGGUCUGGAACUCAACUUGCACUUGGCAUUGCCCAGACUGUCAAUGUGUUGUAUCAACUCGGACUCGGUGUACAAGAACUCGCACAGGCUGUCGGGCGCGGUGGUACUUCAGGUAUUGGGGUUGCAGCGUUUGAUACCGGUGGGUUUAUCGUGGAUGGUGGACACCGUUUUCCUGAAGAAAAAGCGUCGUUCCUCCCCUCGUCUGCUGUUGGUGAUAUUCAACCACCACCGAUUUUACUCCGUUAUUCAUUUCCAGAAUUACCCCUGUUGAUUGUGAUGCCGAAUUGUUCGAGAAUUUACGGCGAUACCGAGGUGGAACUGUUUCGGACGUUGUGUCCACAACCAGAAUGGGUUGCACAGAAACUUUCACACAUUUUACUGCUCCAGGUACUUCCUGCCCUAAUUGAAGGUGAUAUGUCCAACUUUGGCAAAGCCUUAAACGAUAUUCAGACGUUUGGGUGGAAGAGAGUAGAAAUUGAGGCACAAGGUUCUGAACUUCAAUUGACGCUUGACUACUUGCGCGACAGCAAAGCAUUCGGUGCCGGGGUUAGUAGUUGGGGACCAGCGAUUUGCGUGAUAGCGGAAGAUAUUGAUAGGCUAAAACAGGAAACCCGAUGCAUUCCUGAAAACGCUACCGGAUGGCGGGACCUGCUUUAUUACACAGGCGAACAACUUUGGCGCAAGCGUUGUGUCAGGUUAAAAACAAAACGGGCGGAUUUUAUCAGCCGCCCGUCCGUGUUAUCUAUUGUUUGUUAUCCUUUGCUUGGGGAAUAA